GAGAAAUCCGUUCUGCAGCUGGGCUCCCUGGACGGCGAGGAGGAUGGGGGGGUGCCACUGCAGGUGCCAAAGGAGAUCUGGCUCUUGGUGGACCACUUGUUCAAGCACGCUUGCCACCAGGAGGACCUGUUCCAGACCCCAGGCAUGCAGGAGGAGCUGGAGCAGAUCAUUGACUGCCUGGACACCAGCAUCCCUGAGACAAUCCCGGGCAGCAACCACUCGGUGGCUGAAGCACUCCUCAUCUUCCUGGAGGCUCUGCCAGAGCCCGUGAUCUGCUACGAGCUGUACCAGCGGUGCCUGGACUGGUCCCAGAACAGCCGCCUGUGC